UUGACGUGGUUCGCUUCUCUUGCUUUUGGGGAGCUGUUUCCUCCGCAUGGAGCGAGCUCGGGUUACCGUGCCUUUCCCCGGACAGCCCGUCACACUGACUGGUUGACCGGAUCGGAACGUGGCCCGGGACGGCGCCGGUUACGUGCUGGCGUGCGCUGCGGCUGCGCGCUGCUAUAGCGAUGGCAGCUGCUGGCGUUGUUGUGUGGCUGUGGGCACUUUGCGCCUUGUACCAGAUCACCGUAAACUCAGCGGUGCCUGUCACCGCACUGCAUCAGAGACGAACGAGCGUUGAGUUCGCAGGUGAAUUCUGGCAUGUGACUGACUUGCAUUUGGAUCCUACCUAUCAUUUGACACCUGAUCCUUCCAAAGUCUGCUUUUCGUCAAAGGGAUACCCGGCAAAGCACGCAGGACCUUAUGGAGACUAUUUGUGUGAUUCACCAUAUAAUCUUAUCCGAUCUGCUUUUAACUUCAUGAAAGGUGCUAAAGUUCAACCCUCCUUUGUAAUAUGGACUGGGGAUAGCCCUCCUCAUGUGCCACCUGCAAAGCUCUCUACAAGGAUUGUGAUUGACAUCCUCCACAAUAUGACACAGACUAUUCAGGAUCACUUCAAAGAUCUACAAGUUUUUCCUGUGUUGGGAAACCAUGACUAUUGGCCACAGGACCAGCUUCCAGUUAACGUGAGUGAAAUUUACAUUGCUGCAGCUGAUAUGUGGAAACAGUGGUUGACAUCGGAAGCACGUAGUACCCUGCAAAAAGGUGGUUUCUACACCCAGGUUUUUAAUUGUAAUGCCACUCAGCAGAGCCUCCGGAUAAUCAGCCUGAAUACAAAUUUGUACUACAGUCCGAAUGAAGUGACUGAGAGACUGCCAGAUCCUGCAGGGCAAUUCGAGUGGCUGGAAGAGACACUGAAGAAAACUCAGCAGAACAAAGAGAAGGUUUAUGUCAUAGCACACGUUCCUCCAGGCUACUUGCCAGAUUCACUGAGUACCACUGCAGUGAGGGAGAAGGACAAUGAAAGACUGGUGCAGAUACUUCGCAAAUACAGCAAUAUCAUCGUUGGACAAUUAUUUGGCCACACUCACAAGGAUAGCAUAAUGGUUCUUUUGGAUGAUCAAGGGAAUCCAAUCAACUCUUUGUUUGUGGCACCGGCUAUAACCCCCCAAAGAGGAAUUUCAGAGCAAGUAACCAACAACCCAGGCUUGCGCCUGUAUAAGUAUGACACAAGUGAUUACAGUCUGCUGGAUUUCUGGCAGUAUUAUCUGAAUCUUACAGAAGCAAAUGAGAAGAAGCAGCCGGACUGGAAGUUGGAAUACAUCAUGACACUCGGUUAUGGCAUAAAAGAUUUGCAUCCACAGUCUUUGUAUGGUUUAACUGAUCAAUUCAUAAUUCCGCAAAGUGAGAAAUUUGAUAUGUAUUAUAAUCAUUACUUAGUCAACUAUGAUACAAGAAAGAAAUGUGUUGGCCUUUGUAAGAUAAAACAAGUAUGUGCCAUAAGAUAUUUGGAUAUCACUUCAUACACAAACUGCAUUCAAAAGGGACUAAAAUAGAGCGUUUUCAGGGGAAAUGUUGGUAUUAAGCACUUAACAGGCCUUUUGUCCAGUGCUUAAACUUAAAAGAAGAUCGUUAUUUUUAUUUCCCGGCAGGCUGGUACAUUUUACUUGUUUUAAACUAGUUACCUUGCACUUUAUUUUAUGUACGUAUUCUCAGUCGUUUAUAUCUUCCCAGCAUUGAGGUUCAGUUUUGUUCUAAUCUGGUGCAGGUUUUUUUUUAUUGCUGACGUGGUUUUAUUUUGGAAUUUCCACUGUAUAUUCUCUCUUCUGAAUGUCAGUGUCCAUGUAAUGCAUUGAGAAAGGUUAUUUGGUCCUUAUGACUAUUCUGGCUCUCUAAAGUGUAAUCUAAAUAAUCCCACUUGAUGUGUUUUCUUAAUAACUUUGAAAUAUUUCUAGCUUUCAUUACUUAUUCUUUUAUCUGUUUCCAAUAUCACUUUUAGAUUACUUUCCAGAUUCCAAUUUGCUGUGUACUUUAAAGAUUUUCUGAUCUUCAAAAUGAUCUUAAAUCUAUAUUAUUUGAUAUUUUCUGAAAAUUUUCCUCAUUAUUUUACUCAGUCAAAAUCCUUCCAUAAUUUUGAACAUAAUUAACCCUCAACCAUCUCAGCUCAUUUUUUUUUCAGGAGAGGCUUUUGUUACGUUAAUUCCUCUGUGCAAAUAAAAUCACACAAUUGUCACAAAUGAGGUGAAUCUCCUCAGUACCCUGUCUCUAAAGGAUUUGUCACCUGCCUUAAUUGUAGAAAUUUGCAGUUUAGCUAAGGCCUAACUACCACAAGAUUGUAAGAUAUAGGAGCAGAAUUAUGCCACUUAGCCCAUCACAUCUGCUUUGACAUUUCAUCAUGACUGAUCCAAUUUCCCUCUUAGUCCCAGUUACCUGCCUUCUCCCUAUAUCCCUUCAUGCCUUUGACUAAUCAAGAAUCUAUCAACCUCUGCUUUAAAUAUACCCAAUUACCCAAUGACUAGGCCUCCACAGCCAUGUGUGGGAACGGAUUCCACAGAUUCACCACUCUCUGUGUGAAUAAAUUCUUCCUAAUCUCUGAUCUAAAUGGAUGUCCCUCUAUUCUGAGGCUGUGUCCUUUGGUCUUGGAUUCCUCCACCAUAGGAAACAUUAUUUCCACAAGCUCUCUAUCAAGGCCUUUCAAAUACUUGAUAGGUUUCUCUGAGGUCACCCACAUUCUUCUGAAUUCCAGUAAGUACAGGCCAGACCCAUCAAAUGUUCCUUGUAUGACAAACCUUUCAGUCCUGGAAUCAUUUUCAUGAACCUCCUUCGAGCCCUCUCCAAUGUCAGCACAUCCUUUCCAGAUAAGAGGCCCAAAACUGCUCACAAUACUCCAUGUGAGGCCUCCCCAGUGCUUUAUAAAGUCUCACCAUUGCACCAUUGCUUCAAUAUUCUAGUCCUCUCAAAAUGAAUGCUAACAUUGCAUUUGCUUUCUCAUCACAGACUCAGCCUGCAAAGGUUGAGUGAUGAAGGCAAAUGCAACGUUAGCAUUCAAUUAGUGCUUUAAGAAUUUGAUGCUGAUUUAAUGGAUGGGUCUUGAGGAAAACUAGAUGGGAAGGACCUAUUUCCCACAGCAUAUCUCAUGGGGUACAGGUUCAAAGUAAUUCACAGAAAGAUGUGAAAAAAACCUGAGGAAAGACCUUGACAGGCAUAGAGCUGAAAAUCGGGGUUAAAUUGGGUAUUGUUUAGCACGGACUAGGUGGAUCAAAUAAGACCAUAAUGCUAUAAGACGUAGAAGCAGAAUUAGGCCACUUGGCCCAUCAAGUUUGCUGUGCCACUCAAUCAUGGUUGAUCCUUUUUUCCCUCCCCAGCCUUCUCCCCGUAACCAUUGAUGCCGUGGCCAAUCAAGAACUGAUCAAGCUUUACCUUAAAUACACCCAAUGACCUGCCUUCCAUGUCUGCCUGCUGUAACAAAUUCCACAAGUUCACCACUGUCUGGCUAAAUAAAUUUCUCCACACCUCUGUUUUAAAUUGACACUCCUCUAUCCUGAGGCUGUGCUGUCUUGUCCUGGAUUACCCCACCAUGGGAAACAUCCUUUCCACAUCUACUCUGUCUAGGCCUUUCAACAUUUGAAAGGUUUCAGUGAGAUUUCUCCCUCAUCUUUCUAAAUUCCAGUGAGUACAGACCCAGUGCCAUUAAAUGUUCCUCAUAUGAUAACCCCUUCCUUCCUGGAAUCAUCCUUCUGAACUUCCUCUGAACCCUUUUCAAUGCCAGCAUUUCUUUUCUUAGAUGGGGAGCCCAAAACUGUUCACAAUACUCAAGGUGAGUCCUCACCAGUGCCUUAAAAAGCCUCAGCAUUACAUCCCUGCUCUUAUAUUCUAGACCUCUUGAAAUGAAUGCUAAUAUGGCAUUUGCCUUCCUCACCACCAACUCAACCUGUAAGUUAACCUUUAACAAGUUAACAAGAACUCCCAAGUCCCUUUGCAUCUCAGAUUUUUUGAAUUCUCCCAGUUUAGAGAAUAGUGUGCACAUUUAUUUCUACUACCAAGUGUAUGACCAUGCAUUUUCCAACAUUGUACUUCAUUUGCCAUUAUCUUCCCCAUUCUCCAAAUCUGUCUAAGUCCUUCUGCAGCCUACCUGAUUCCUCAACACUACCUGCCCUUCCACCAAUCUUUGUAUCAUCUGCAAGUUUGGCAACAAAACCACCUAUUCCAUCAAAUAAAUAAUUGAUAUACAGCAAAAAAAUAAGCGGUCCCAACACUAAACCCUGUGGAACACCACUAGUCACUGGCAGCCAACCAGAAAAGGAUCCUUUUAUUCCCACUCACUGCCUCCUACCAAUCAGCCAGUGCUCUAACCUUGCUAGUAACGUUAUUGUAAUAUCAUGGUCUCUUAACCUGGUAAGCAGCCUCAUGUGUGGCACCUUGCCAAAGGCCUAAUGAAAGUCCAAAUAUAUAACAUCCACUGCAGCCCCUUUAUCUAUCUUACUUGUAAUCUCCUCAAAGAAUUCCAGUAGGUUCAUCAGGCAAGAUUUUCUCUUAAGGAAACCAUGCUGACUUUGUCCCAUCUUGUCCUGUGUCACCAAGUACUCUGUCACCUCAUCCUUAACAAUUGACUCUAACGUCUUCCCAGCCACUGAAAUAGGGCUAACUGGUCUAUAAUUUCAUUUCUGCUGCCUUCCUCCUUUCUUAACGAGUGGAGUGAUAUUUGCAAUUUUCCAGUCCUCUGCCACCAUUGCAGAGUCCAGUGAUUUUUGAAAGAUCAUUACUAAUGCCUUCACAGUCUCUACCACUACCUCUUUCAGAACCCUAGGUGCAGUUCAUCUGGCCCGGGUGACUUGUGUCUUUUAGCUUUAUGAGCACUUUCUCCCUUGUAAUAGUAACUGUACUUGCUUCUCUUCCCUCACACCUUCAACAUCUUUCACAUUGCCAGUGUCUUCCACAGUGAAGACUGAUGCAAAAUACUCAUUCAGUUACGCAAAAUACUCAUUCAGUUACACAAAUAGCAGAUUUCACUGUCAUAAAGUUUCCAAUAGGUAUCUGUCAUUUUCAAUAAAACCAAGCAUCAUUUUAUUUUCAUUUUUUUAGUAAACCUUACAAUAUCCCGAAGGGUGUCCUUCUUUACUGAUAAGGAAACUAAUUGUCAGCCUUGAUUCAGUUUUUGGACUUUUGGGUUUCAACUCAAAUGGGAUGGGGUGGUGUUCCAACCGUACUUCAAAGAUGUGAGUACUCGAUUCAAGAUUAAAUGCUGUAGCGUAUGAGUAAUUAUGCACCCAUUGGUUGAGUAAGAAAGCUGCUUGUUUACAUUUUAUUAAAUGAAAUUCUGUCUUCUCUUGAUUAUGUUCAAUGCAUGAAAGUCAUGUGAAUUGGUUUUAAUUUGUUUUGUAUUUAAAAUGUACUUGCAAGUAUUAAAAUACAUUGUCUC